AUGGACGAGCAAAUCGGCACCUUCUGCGCCUUCACUUCUGCCACUCCCGACCAGGCGCAGCGCUACCUUGCUCUCACUGACGGCAACGUCGAGCAGGCCGUCGAGCUCUUUUUUAGUAAUCCAGAUCUCGCCGCCACUCCCGCCGCUCCGCCAGCAUCAGCACAUGUCGCUCCUAGCCAGCCGGCCUCCCGUGAAGCUCCCAUCACCAUCGACGAUGAUGAUGAUGAAAUUGAAGCGUCAGACGAUGAUGUUCAAGAGACGGGCAGUAGAUCUGCGCCGGUGGCACAAGCGAGUCACUCGGUCGAGAGCGACGAGGCCAUGGCGCGCCGGCUGCAGGAGGAGAUGUAUGGUGCAGGUGGCAGCGGUGGAGGCAGAGGUGGAGGGAUGAAUCUUGACGAGGAUGGCUACCGUGCCCCUAUCGACCGUCGGACGGAGACUCUUGUUGGACCUGAUAGUACCGAUUGGAGAAGUGUCCCUGGCGAGAUGAAUGCCGCCAUCGCACAUCAACUCAUGAACCGCCAACAACAAAGAGGCGCGCGAGGAGCCCCGGCCGGAAUCUUCAACCAGCGCGAGUCUCGCUCAAUCUGGGCCAACGAUGAUCCCACCAAUCCGGAGGUCCACAACGAAGUUCUCUCCCGCGCCACAGGCGGUGCUUCCGACACGACAUCCAAAGCCAACCUCCUCGCAGACCUGUUCCGCCCACCGUUCGAUCUCAUCUCCACGCGAUCCUUCUCCGACGCGCGUGAUGACGGCAAGGAGGAUAAGAAGUGGAUUCUCGUCAACGUUCAAGAUCCUUCCAUCUUCGACUGUCAAGUGCUAAACCGGGACAUCUGGAAGAACCAGUCGAUUCGUGACACCAUCAAGGAGCACUUCAUUUUCCUUCAGUACAACAAAGACGAUCCUCGAGGUCAAGAGUAUGUUAACCUCUACUUCAGCGCUCUCCGGGAUAUGGACGACGCUUACCCACACAUCGCCAUUGUCGACCCACGAACAGGAGAGCAAGUCAAGACAUGGUCCGGAUCACCGGGACCCAAGCCUUCUGAAUUCCUGCAGGAGUUGCACGAGUUUCUCGAUCGUUACAGCCUGAGCUUCGAGAAGAAGAAUCCGGUGCAGACCAAGCGAAAAGAAGCCAGGAAGAACGUUUCGCAGAUGAGCGAAGAGGAGCAACUCGAGUUGGCGAUGCAGGCUAGCAUGGCGAAUGGAUCAACUUCGGAGCRAAAAGAUGAGGACCCAGACGCCCUCACCAAGGAUAACGGCAAGGGCAAGGCGCCGAUGGGUGGAGAGGACACCAUGGAUGUUGAUGAGAAGUCUGCUUCAAAGAGCAAGCCUGAAACGCCCUUUUCACAAAUCUCAUCCACCAACCCACAGGAAGAGCCGUCGGAUCCCAAGACUACCGCACGCAUUCAGUUCAGACAUUCCAACGGACGCAUCGUUCGUCGAUUCAACCUCGACGACCCUGUGCGUCGCAUCUACGAGUGGCAAAAGGCCGCCCCACUUGAAGGCAAGGAGGGGGUACCGUUCGAGCUGGUGGCCAUGGGAAAGAACCUCAUCGACUCACUCGACAAGACAAUCGGAGAGAUGGGUCUGAAUGGUGGUACGGUCAUGGUGGAGCAUGUUGAGGCGGACGAGGAUGAUGCAUAG